ACCGUUACUUCUGUGUGGAUUUCUAGUCAAAUUAAAAAAACAUACAAUGAAACUGUUAUUGGCUCUCUGUCUAUUCUUUAUCUCGUCACCGACAAAGGCAGAAGUGGAAUUUAUCUCAAAUGAAGCCAUGGUGGAAUAUAAUGGAAAAUUUCACUACCAUUACGAACUCGGCGAUGGCUCGAAAGUCUCACAGGACGGUGUUUUAAAAAAUGUGGAUGGAGCGCACGAGGGCGAAGCAAUUGAGGGUAAAUUUGCAUUUGUCGCUGAUGAUGGCAAGCAAUAUUUGGUGACAUAUGUGGCAGAUGAGAAUGGCUACCAGCCAAUGGGUGAACAUUUACCAACACCACCACCAGUACCCGAUUCGGUAUUGAAGACAUUAAAGUAUUUGGAAGAACACCCCUACAAUCCAGAGGCAGACAAGAGGAAGCACUAAGUUAACAAAUGUUUGUAUAUAUAUAUAUAAUAUACAUGUUUUUGUAUGAGUGAAUUGAAAGCAAUUCAAUAUAGAGAACUGUGAUCUUUGCAAUGCAAUGCGCUAAAUAUAAAGAAGAAAAAUUAUUUUGGACUGAUUUGUAAAAGCAAGCUUAAACGCAAUUCUUAUUUAUUUUUACGU